AUGGCGGCCAAGCAGUUACAAGCCAGUUUUGAAGGUGGGUGGCAGAAAAGAGGAACUGGUUUCAACUAUAACAGUAACACGGGACAUGCAGCUAUGAUCGGGAAGACCACAAGUAAAGUUAUUGCCUACGACGUCAGAAGCAAAUCCUGCAGAAUUUGUGACAUUCACAAAGACAAAAAAGAAACGGUUCCGAGUCAUGUGUGCCCACGCAACUGGGAGGGGAGCAGCAAAGCCAUGGAGCCAGAUAUGGCUGUGAGCAUGGCUCACAGACUCUCCGAUCAAGGAUUCCAGCUUGAUGUGUUUCAUGCAGAUAACGACUCCACAACAACUGCAAGAAUGCUUUUUGACUUCCCAAAAUUAGAGAAAAAGAUGACCAAAAUCACGUCAAAAAAGGGAUAUCAAAGUCCCUAUAUAAGCUAUCCAAGAAGUACAAAAGUCUUCCCAAUGGCACUGCCUUACAAAAUCCCACACUGAGGACACGCCUGGAAGGAACUAGUUGCCAAAUAUUCAUGCCGGUCUGGAAACCUCCUGAAUUUGGGCUCCACACAAGCAAAUGAAAGUUUUAACAGCCUUGCUUUCACAAAAAACACCGAAAGCCAAGUAAGA